AUGGUCCGCUUGUCAACUCUGCUCCCGACCCUCUCGGCGCUUGGCUGUGCCAGAGGCGUCCGCUUCCUCGGGCGAGUGAACCCUGCCACCAGGGAGCUCUCAUGGUCCGGUACAGGCCUCACCUUCAGCUUCACCGGCUCCUCCGCCAGCGUGGCUGUGGCCUCGUCCUGGGGCACCAACAGCAUCGAGAUGGCCAUCGACGACGGCACGCCUCUUGUCUUGGACAGCGUCAACGGAACCAGCAUUGCCACGCCGGCCGCCCUCGCCGACGGGCCCCACACCGUCUCCAUCCGCAAGCGCUCCGAGGCCCAGUUCGGCAGCAUCUACGUCGGCGACGUGAGCACCUCGGGGACGCUGGGCAACGACACGGCGCCGGCGGGCAGGCGCAUCCAGCUCAUCGGCGACAGCAUCACGGUCGGCUACGGCAUGGACGGCACGUACCCGUGCGUCAACUCGGCUGCGCUCGAGGACGCGCCCAACACCUACGGCGCGCUGACGGCCAAGAACCUCUCGGCCGAGUAUGAUAUCAUUGCUUCGUCGGGCAAGGGACUGCUGCGCAACACCGUCAACCCGGGCUACGAGGACGACGUAGUAAUGCCGCAGAUCUGGACGCGCUGGGCCGCCGCCGACGCGGACGGCACCUACGCCUUCCCGGCCGCCGACACGCCCGACGUCGUCGUCGUCAACCUGGGCACCAACGACUUCAGCUACGUCGCGACCAACAGCAGCACGGGCGCCACCUACGACGCGCGGCCGCGCCUCAACGCCACCGCGUACGCCGACGGGCUGGUCGCCUUCGGCAAGACCAUCCAGGGCCACUACCCCGACGCCGAGCUCUUCAUCACGUCGAGCCCGCUGCUGAGCGACGGCUACCCGACCGCCGAGGACGCCCAGCACACCACGCAGGCCAACGCCAUCAAGGACGCCGUCGCCCGGCUCGGCGGCAGCGCGCACUUUGUCGACUUCCCGGCGCAGGACUCGAGCAACAACAACAUCGGCUGUGAUUACCACCCCUCGUCGGCGACGCACGAGAGCAUGGCUGUGAUCCUGACGGCGGCUAUUGAGGAUGUCAUUGCUUAG